AACAAUGAGAACACCUGGGCUGAGCAUCUGUGCGCUUACUGAUGCUUCUGUGAAUGACGGAACCGACUCCGCCUAAAUCUGUUGGGAUGGAGAGAGGAGGAGCGGAGCAGUCGACAAGAAGAGAGGGAGUCUAAUAAAGCAGGCAAAAUUGCCGGAGAACCAGACCAACUACGUUCAAACCCACAGAGCCACACCGGGGUCUGAGACUAUGAUGUGGGAAUGCUUAUCGUGCAUUCAGCGCGUCCGUUGCGCGCCUGAUGAAGUUGCUGAGGAGACUCGGCGGCGCGUGUGAAGAAGCUGAAGGUUUCUCACCUAUUAUAAAGUACAUCAGUAAAAAAAAGAAAUCGCGUAAUUUCAGCACUUGAUUCAAAGACAGCUCCGGCGCGUCCGCUUACCUACAUGGACCUUCCCAGGUGUUUCAAAACACUUUACGCGUUUAAACAUUAGAACUGAUUGGUCUUAUUUCGUGUUCAUGUAACUGAGAUCCAUAGUCUGGAACCUUCAAUUUGAUUCUCCACUAAAUAUGUACCAGGGGCAUUUGCAGACAAUGUGCACACGCUCCUGUUUUUAAUAAUUAAAGGGGAAAGACGCUAGGGCUGCAGAUAAGACUGUUGCCAUGGUCCUGAAGGAGAUACCCAAUAAGGCGUCCUCAGAAGGCAAACCCCUCCUCACGAUGACAAACAAGCUGGUGAGUGAGCAACAAGAGAGCCGUCCCUUGCUGAGCCCCUCCAUCGAUGAUUUCCUUUGUGAGACCAAGUGUGAUGGAGCUGCCCGUCCAGUAACCUCCAACACAGCAGUACUGUCCUCUUCUUUGGACCUGCUGGAUCUGAGUGAACCCAGCGAGAGAAGACACAGCAAAGACAGGAAGAGUCCUAUUUCCUGUAAGGGCACACUGUACAGGAAGAAGCCGGAUGAAACGGAGCUGAUUCAGGUGGACGUUGAACAGAGUAUACCCUGUUCUCGCGCACCUGAGAAAGUUUCUCUUGAUUUAGUUGCAGUUCCAUCUUCUUUGGAGAAAUGGGAGGAACUCAACCCACAUCCAGAGAGAAAUGGAAGCAGAAAGUGGAAACUUGAGAGAAGACGUUCAUCAAAAAACUCGGAAUUUGUCUGGUCUAUGGAUUGCAAGCCCCAGCCAGACACCACAGCCCCCAGGAACUCCCUGGAGGUAAAUAAUAAAGUAGAGGCAGAGGCAGCACAAGUAACUCAACUCAACAGGCAAUUUGUUAGUGGAAGACAUGGCCGUCUGAGCAAAGACCAAAGGUGGGGCAGCACACUCCUGUCCAGGAAUCAGUCUCUGGAGGAGGAGUUUGAGAGAGCAAAAGCUGCAGUGGAGUCCGACACAGAGUUUUGGGAUAAGAUGCAGGCGGAGUGGGAAGAGCUCGCACGCAGGAACUGGCUAACGGAGAGUGAUCAUCCACAGAUUCCUUCCAAUGUGUCUCCUUAUGAAAAGGGAUACUACUUCCAUACAGAUAACCCUUUUAAAGACUGGCCUAAUGCAUUUGAGGAGGGAUUACGGAAGUCAAAAGAGGGAGACCUGCCUAACGCUGUACUGCUUCUGGAAGGAGCUGUUUUGCAGGACCCUCAGGAUUCAGAGGCUUGGCUGGUGCUGGGAACCACUCAAGCAGAGAAUGAGAACGAGCAGGCAGCGAUUGUCUCCCUCCAGAGGUGUCUGGAGCUCCACCCCAACAACCUACUGGCUCUCAUGGCCCUGGCAGUGAGCCUGACCAACACAGGCAUGAGGCAGGAGGCAUGUGAGGCACUGCUGGGCUGGCUAAGGCACAACCCAAAAUACAAAUAUCUUCUGAAGAGCCGUGCACACCUGCAGGUCUCACCAGGCCCACGGAGACUCUCUUACUGUUCCUCUACUGGCUGCCCCUUGCUACCCGAAGUGAAGGAACUCUUCCUGGAAGCUGCCCAGCAGAGCUCGGACAAUAUCGACCCCGACCUACAGACAGGAUUGGGAGUUCUGUAUAAUCUCAGCUCUGAGUUCAACAAAGCAGUGGAUGCCUUCAAUGCAGCACUGUCAGUGCGACCUGAGGACUACCUGCUGUGGAAUCGGCUGGGGGCGACGCUGGCUAAUGGAGAUCGAAGUGAGGAGGCUGUGGAGGCCUAUACCAGAGCCCUGGAGCUGCAGCCGGGGUUCAUCCGCUCACGUUACAACCUGGGCAUCAGCUGCAUUAACAUGGGGGCUCACAGGGAGGCAGCGAGUAAUUUUCUGACAGCCCUCAGUCUACAGAGGAAGAGCAAGAGUCGUCAGCUUUCACACCAGGUCAUGUCCGGAAACAUCUGGUCUGCCCUGCGGAUAGCACUGUCCAUGCUGGAUCAGCCCGAGCUUUUUCAGGCUGCCAACAUCGGAGACCUGGAUUUACUCAUGAGAGCUUUUAACUUGGAUAUGUGAGCGAGAAUACCCUUUAACCGUGACGAAAAUCCAAAGUCUUUCAUGGGAACGGUGCAGACAAAAACUCUAUCUUAGUUUUCCGCAGAACACCUUUACAUUCCUGAGAACUGAGUGCUGGUUUGAUACUCUUUUAACAGAUUUGCACUUCAGUUAAAGAGCACAAGAGCCAGGAGAAGAUUGUAGAAGUAUGCCUUAGAGAAAAUAUCAGCAAGAUUUGCAAUGUUACCAAGGGAAGCCAGUGGAAAACUUGAUUAGUCUAAAAAAAAAAUUUCAAGCCACUUUCACUUUUAAACAGAGGACCCUACGCUUUACAUUUACAAAAAUAAUGCUUCAACCCUCAGAGAACCUUACUGACUACCAUACAUAGAGAUGUACUACAUACAGUAGACUCCUUGUAUUGAUUCAACUGCACUUUUUAUUUGAGAUGGUGGGGGUAUUAUAGUAGAGACAGAAGUAUUUCGUUCAACCCUUGACCUGAUCUCUGCUGCAUCAUCCCCUUUAUUUCCUGGAGCUUGCCGACUGGAUUAUAAAGCCUUACUUUUCAUGCAUGUAAUAAUCAGAUUAAAGCCAUUCCUUGCCAUACUUUGACCUCUUGAUAGAACUGGACAAAAACUAUAUUUCAUUCAAGAUUUUUGUAAAACAUCAUGAAAUGUUACAAUCUUACGAUCAGCAGGGAUAUCUGAUUUACUGCCCCUUCUGCCACAAUGAUCAGAGAAAUUUUGUUUUUGUUUUUAAGAAGAAGAAAACUGCCCAAAAUCGAAGCCAAACACUUUUUAAAUUUACUGUCAUGUUUUAUACCCAAUGUCAUUAUAUGCUGUAGCUCAAAAUUGUUUAUGUCAAGCUUACAUUACGUUUUAUUUUGCUGGAUAUUGUGAACUUAUAAGUGCAAAUUGUGCAUGUACGAAGAGGGAAAUCAUUUUAAAAUGCUAUGCAAAUCUUAUAGAUCAUUUUUGUUUCUUCAUUCAAUAGAAAACCUACACAAUGCUGUGUUGUUUCAACCCAUGGUUGGGACAAAUAUAGACAUUAAGGUUAAUUUAUGCUGUCCAUAUUUUACCCAGCCAUGGUUUAAAGGGGACAUAUCAUGAAAAUCUGACUUUUUCCAUGUUUAAGUGCUAUAAUUGGGUCCCCAGUGCUUCUAUCAACCUAGAAAACAUGAAAAAGAUCAACCCAGUAACUUAGUUUGGGUAAGCUAUUCUUUGCAAGCAUGUAAAAAAUUAGGUAGUUCAGAUUUCGCCUGUUUUAUGAGGUAGGUAGCAAGGCCAAUUACAAUAAUACCGCCCCUUAAUCUGCACUGUCCAACCACGUCACUGCAAUUAAGUGCAGAGAGAAAAGAUAAUUGACAGCACAAUUGAGUUUCAAUUGCAACCAGUGUUGGGGAAAGUUACUUUUAAAAGUAUUGCAUUACAAUAU